GACGUCCCUAUUACUAUGAGUGUGAUAUGAGACCACAGUUUUUGCAAACACUGUUUACAAGGCGCGCCGCCGCUCUGCACUGUUCUCUUCGUCUUCCCUUUUUGGUUUUCCGUCAAACCCCAACGGCUCAACCUACAGGGCUACACCUAGUUGAGCAAAGGAAUCAUAUACCCACUAAUAACCAUGCGUGCAAGAUUGGUGGUCUUUCCAAUCCGAGGCCGGAACUGGUGCUUCAUCAGAUCCAUUGACCCUUCAUCGUCGGAGACUGCCUCUGCUUAUUCACCGUCCACCAUCAGGGAGCUCUGGAAGCGGAUCUCUUUCAAUUCCGAGCCUUUGAAUGCCAAUGCGGAGCUCGUUAUUGAUUUCAUCUCUAACAAGAUGAAUAAGGGUUGGACGGCUUUGGAGAAGGCACCUGAUGGGAGUUUCAAAAACAAGCUUCAUGGGUUGGGGUUGCGGCUUUUGGCUCGGGUUAAGCCUUCUGAGAAUUUGUUGAAAUCUAUAUCAAAGGAGGUCACUAAUGUUCAAGUUACAUAUCCCCCUAGUUUAAAUCCACGCCUUGUGCGUCGAAGGUUGAGGCAUAUAGCCAUGAGGGGAACUAUUAUUCACAGGAAGUACUUUUAUGGUUCAGUAACAUUGCUUCCACUGACUAGUGCAUUAUCUGUUUUGCCUCUUCCCAACAUACCUUUCUUUUGGGUCUUAUUUCGAUCUUAUUCCAAUUGGCGGGCUCUCAAGGGAAGUGAAAGGCUCCUUCAACUAGUCUCUGAUUACUCACAAACUCAGAACUCUGUCCUUUCAAAUGAUGAAAGCAAUGAAAUGGAGGAUGAAGAUUCCAAGCAUCAAACUAAGGAUUCAGCAGGUUCUCCAUGGGUGUUGGAGCCAUCAAAGGAACUUGAGGAUCUUCUCUGCCAAGGACAUGAGAACGGUGAUCUAAGUGAACCUGCAAUUGCAGAUAUAUGCAAGGCCUUCAGAUUGGACAAGAACGAUGUUUUAAAGUACAAAAAACUAAUGUAGUUGACAUUCUAUUUCAAUUUUUUCCCCUGGCCAUGUCUUGUGGAAUUAGCAUUCUGAUAAAACUGAAUGCCAUGCCAUUUUUUCCCCUUUUCUGAAAGUGUUAAGAGAGCCAUGCCUUCACCUCGGAAGGUAGAAGAGGAUCUCACCACACAGGAAUCCACCUUCCUCCUGAGUAUUUAUAAGACUUCUCUCUCUCUUCCAUUUUUCUUUUAAAAUUAAUUCUGAUCCUAAAA